GAGGAGAGGAAGCUGGACGUGCAGCAGCUUCAGGAUGCCCUGGGAGUCGCCGAGCAGGAGCUCCGCGACAACGGCGUGGCCCUCCAGAAGGCGCGGAGCCAGCUCGAGGAGCGGAACCACAACCUCCGCCAGAGGGACUUGGACUUGCAGCUCCUGAAGGCCCAGCUCGAGGAUCGGAACCACAACAUCCGCCAGAGGGACCUGGACCUCCAGCUGUCGAAGGCCCAGGUCAAGGAGCUCCGCCAGAAGGACCUGGAGCUCCAGCAGGCGAAGUCCCAGCUCGAGGAUCUCCGACAGAAGGACCUCGAGCUCCAGCACGCGAAGAGCCAGCUCGAGGACCUCCGCCAGAAGGAUUUGGACCACCAGCAGGCGAAACUCCAGCUUGAGGAGCUCCGCCAGAAGGACAUCGACCACGAGCAGGCGAAAGCCCAACUCGAGGCGCAGGCAGCCAAACUCGAGGCGGUCACCGCCCCGCCCCGCUUCUUCCCUUGA